UAUUCAGUUCCGGGUACAAAAAUGGCAACUGUAAAAGAAACACAUGUGAGAAGCUCGUCUGAGUUAUUAGGUGACGCAGAGCACCGGAAAGUUCGCAGCGACAAUGGCUCUGCCGGAGAGAGUGAUGGAGAAGAGGAGGAGGGAGGGAGCGAUGGAGGGCCGUCUGAGGACGAGAGGAGCGAAGGAAGCGAGUCUGACGAUGGAGGAAAGGAAGGAGAGAGUGAACGAGGACAGGCGGAGGAGGAAGAUGGAGUGAGCGGGUUGGAGGAAAAUAUGAAUAGUGAAGAGGAGGGUAACCCUAAUGCGGGCUGGGCCGAGGCCAUGGCCAAGAUCCUGCAGAAGAAAACUCCAGCCAGCAAGCCCAGCAUUCUGCUGAAGAACAAGCAGCUGGACAGGAGGAGGGAGCAGGAGAGGAAGGAGCAGCUGGAACGGAAGAAACAGGUGGAGAAGAGGAGAGCCUGGGAGGACAUGUGCAGACAGAAGCCUGACGUGGUGAAGGACCGAGAGAGUGAGAGGUCCCUUCAGAGGAUCGCUACUAGGGGUGUGGUGCAGCUGUUCAACGCCGUGAGAAGCAACCAGAAGACUCUGGAUGAGAAAGUGAAGGAGGCGGGUGGUUCAGAGAGGAAGAAGGCCAAACUGCUGUCCUCCGUCUCCAGGAGAGACUUCAUCAGCGUCCUGCGGGGGGCCGAGGCCGGGGGCACCGCAGCCGGGGGGGCCACCACCUUCAAACACACGGGAGCAGAGGAGAAGCCAGUGUGGAGUGUCCUCAGGGAUGAUUACAUGAUGGGUGCCUCCAUGAAGGACUGGGACAAGGAGAGCGAGGAGGAGGGGGUGGAGGCCAGCGGGGGUGGGGACUACAACAGCGGGUCAGACUGACCCCUCCUCCCCUCCCUGCUUCCACCCUAACUGUUUCAUGAGCUGCUCCCUCAUGGUGGUUGGUCUGACCAACACCUGUCUGACCCACACCUGUCCAGUUUGGGGGACUGGAGGUGACACCCAGACAGACCCCUGUCAUCUCCUGCAGAGUCUGGCCCCCUCCUUCAACCCCUGCCCUGCCUGCUGGCCCGGAGGAGCCCAGCCUGCCCUGGGGGGAGACCAGCCUGGGAGAUGGCAUCUGAAGCCCAGUAAUAGAUAUUAAAUGUUGUUUAACAGCCUGUUAAUUAACACCUCCUAUGAAUCCUGUACAUAGACCCUUAUUUUGUUACUCAUGUGCCUUUUUUUUUUUUUAAUAAAAAAAAGGAUCUAUGC